AUGGAUGAAAGAAUACAAAUUCUUGGUGCAGCUGUGAAGAUUUUAUAUGGGAAUGUAAGGCUUCUCAUCAGGCUGGACUCUCGCCUCCACACCCCCAUGUACUUCUUCCUCAGCCACUUGGCCUUAACUGACCUCUUUACUUCAUUUGACACAGUUCCUAAGAUGCUGAUAAACAUGUGCUCUGAAGACCAAUUUAUCUCCUAUGCUGGGUGCAUCUCGCAAAUGUAUUUCUUCAUGCAUUUUAGUUGUAUUGACAGCUUUCUUCUCACAGUGAUGGCCUAUGACAGGUAUGUGGCCAUCUGUCACCCUCUCCACUACACCACCAUCAUGAGGGAUGAGCUCUGUAUCAUUCUAGUGGCUGUGUCCUGGUUUCUCUCUGGUGCCCAUUCUUUGUUGCACACCCUCCUGGUGGACCAGUUGUCCUUCUCUGCAGAUAACACAGUGUCUCAUUUCUUUUGUGAUCUUGCUGCUUUGCUCAAAUUGUCCUGCUCUGACACCUCUGUCAAUGAGCUGGUCAUCUUCACUGUGGGGGCACUGGGAAUCAUCAUACCACUGAUUGGCAUCCUAAUCUCUCAAGUCCGUAUUGGAGUUUCCAUCCUGAGAGUUCCCUCUACCAAAGGGAUCUGCAAAGCCUUGUCCACCUGCGGCUCCCACCUCUCUGUGGUUUUUCUAUUCUAUGGGACAAUUAUGGUACUGUACAUUUUCCCAUCAUCAAACAACUCCAAUGACAAAGACAUCGUUGCUUCAGUGAUGUAUACAGUGGUAACUCCUAUGCUGAACCCCUUCAUCUACAGCCUGAGGAACAGAGACAUGAAGGGGGCCUUGGGGAGACUUUUCAGGAGGUAG